AUGUGGUACCGUGGUUGCAAGACCUGUAACAAGAAAGUGACUGAAGCGAUGGACUCUGGUUAUUGGUGUGAAGGUUGUCAGAAAAAGGAUGAUGAAUGCAGCUUAAGGUAUAUAAUGGCGGUGAAAGUCUCUGAUUCAACUGGUGAAGCCUGGUUUUCUGCAUUCAACGAUGAAGCAGAAAAGAUGAUUGGAUGCACAGCUGAUGAACUCAAUAUGCUAAAAUCAGAGGAAGGUGAAGGGAAUGAGUUUCAGACAAAACUGAAAGAAGCUACGUGGUCAUCUCAUCUCUUCCGUGUUAGUGUUUCUCAACAAGAGUACAACAGUGAGAAGAGGCAGAGGAUAACUGUAAGAGGUGUUGCUCCGGUUGAUUUUGCUGCUGAAACAAGAUUAUUGCUCCAAGACAUUUCCAAGAACAAGACAUCUCAGUAA